CUCUCAGAAUGGCUGCAUUAGGAUUCUACAUUUUGCUCUUAUUUGCAAUGUCCUGUUGUGCAGCUCCAAAUCCAGAGAAAGAUCACUGUGAAAAACCUGAGCAAAUAAAAGGAGCUCAGUUACAAGGCGAAUGGCACGAUGAAACUUACCCACCUGGUAAAGUAGCUAAUUUUGUCUGCCUCCCGGAAUACACCCAGGAUGGACCCAUUAAAAUGGCAUGUAUUGAAGGAACUUGGUGGCAAAUUGCUAAAGGCCAAUGCAAAGUUAGGAGCUGUCCACCAAUUGAUGCUACAGACAAUAUUAAUGUUAUAUCCACUUCAUAUGAUGAAGAGUAUUCUGUUGGUCAAGUGAUUCGAUUUGAAUGCAAAGACCCAAAGCUUAAGCUGAAGGGACCUUCUGAGAUUUUCUGUACAUCAGAAGGAAAAUGGAAUUCGGAACCACCAACGUGUGUAGUGAUCCAGUGCAGCGUUCCAGUUAUAGAUCAUGGAAGUGUCCAAAAUUCAAGAAAACAAGUCUACUCAAAUAAUGAAGUGAUGCAAUUUACAUGUGAGAUGGGAUUUCAAGCAAAUAAAAAUGGACAAUCGACAUGCACUAAAGAUGACUGGAUUCCUAAACCCUCUUGUGAAGAAAUACUGUGCAGUCCGUAUGAUCCUGUGGAAAAAGGAACAUUGGUUGGAACGGAAACUCAAUACAGAUUUGGAGAUAAAAUCGAUGUUCAAUGUGAAGAAGGUUAUGUUCUUCAAAUAGAGCCCAGUAGGCGUCGGGAGUGCACAGCAAAUGGCUGGUCUCCAUCUACUCGCUGUGUUAGUAAAAAAUGUGACAGACCUGACAUAAAACAUGGAAUUAUUGUCAGAGAUUAUCCGAGAGAAGUUGGAAGCUAUUUAUAUUAUUAUUGUGAGAGCAAUUAUCAGCCAUGGAGUUGGACAAGAAUCUACUGUACUAAAACUGGAUGGAAACCUGAACCCAAAUGCUCACGAGAAUGUAUAUACAGAGAUGCUUCUUUUGAAAAUGCACAACUUAUAGAUCUGAAGUCAGUUUACGUGGAAGGAGAUAAAGUGCAGUUCAGGUGUACAAAUAAUUAUCAAACACCAGAUGGAAAAGACUAUGGAGAAAGAACAUGUCUUCCUAAUGGAAAAUUUACUCCAGCCAAAUGUUCGGUAACAUGCACAGCUCCCAGACUUCAAAAUGGAAAAUUCAACCAAAUUAAAAAUCAAUACGAGAAUGGAGAAUUUCUGCAGUAUGAAUGCAAUAAAGGUUAUAUGACAGAAAGCAGACGUCUUUCUGGCAUAUUUCAGUGUCUUGAGGGAAGAUGGAACGAAGCUCCUCAAUGUAUACCUAUUACUUGUGAAUAUAAUCGCCGAUCAUUUAACGAUGGGGAUACUAUUGAAUAUAGAUGUCCCUCUGGGCAAAAGCCAAGAAGUGACAUUGGCCAGUGUUAUUAUUAUGGCUGGGGUCCACCGCUGGUUUGUCAAGAUAUUGAGUGCACCAUUCCAGAGUCUUCAAAUCUCGUACCAAGCCCUUUUGCUCAUAGUUAUAAAAUUGAUACGAAGGUAUCAUUUUCAUGCAAGGAACGCUUUGUUAGAUCUGGAUCUUUGGAAAGCGUUUGCACAGAAGGAGGCUGGAAUCCACUUUUACCCACCUGUAAAGAUAUUGUGUGCACCAUUCCAGAGUCUUCAAAUAUCGUACCAAGCCCUUUUGCUCAUAGUUAUAAAAUUAACAAGAGGGUAUCAUUUUCAUGCAAGGAACGCUUUGUUAGAUCUGGAUCCUUGGAAAGCGUUUGCACAGAAGGAGGCUGGAAUCCACUUUUACCCACCUGUAAAGAGGAAAAAAUGGUCCAGCCACAACCCACUGACCAACCAUCAGAUGGCAAUAAAGAGCAAGGGGAGAAACCCACGGACUCACCAGUGGAUGACAUUAAAAAACAAGUUGAAAUUCUUACUGAACCAGAUUCGGUAGCUCCAGAUUCAAAGGAUGAGAAAGAAAAAAGACAAAAAUGUCCUAUUGCGUACAGUCCACAAAAUGCUGAAAUUAUAGAUCCAAAGGAAGUAUAUUACAGUAAUGACAUUGUUACCAUGAAAUGUGCCAGAGGAUAUAAGAUGCAUGGCUCUCCAAAGGUUCAGUGCGUUGAAGGAAAAUGGGAACAACCUCCAGAGUGCAACCGGGCUAUACAAUGCCAGAAUCCACCGAAAAUAGAAAAUGGUAUCAUUGAAUCCGCUAAUCAAGAAAUAUAUGCAACUGAUGAUGUUGUGAAAUACAGCUGUAGAUCAGGAUUUCACAUCAGUGGGUCAGAUCAAAGCACUUGCGUGAAUGGACACUGGUCAGCAUUACCAACAUGCACAGAGGAUGUUUGGGAGAUGAGGACAUCGAGGAAAGGCAAUCUUCUGCCCCCAACCUCACAGGUAAAAUGCAUGCCGAUCUGGUUGUCAUUAAACAUCUUCACCAACGAGCGGAACGAGGAAUCGUUCCCGUUCCAUAUGAGGAAGAUGUCAUCUAUGUACCGCGCCCACAUGCCAACCUGGUCCAUAAGAGUGGAACGUUCCUCCCUGAAGACCAAAGUCUCCUCCCACCAGCCCAGGAACAAGUUAGUGUACGACGGGGCACAAGAACACCCCAUCGUGGUGCCCCUGAGCUGGUGGUAG